AUGUUUCAAGAUCCAUCUGAAAGUUAUUUCGUACCGAAUGAUGUUUUAGCUCCUCAGCAAUAUGGUAUCCAUUCUACUCCUAAUUCACAAUGCACUGAGAGUGAGACAUCGUUUGACAGUGGUUAUCUAUCUCCUGCUAACUCUCAAAGUACACCAGGUCAAAGUGGAGGAAGGGCAUUUCGUGGCUUUCAGACUUUACAGAAUGAUAAAUACAUGGUGCCCACCAUACCAGGGUACCAACAAAGUCCAGCUCCAAAACUAUACCAAUCUACUGUUUUUGAUGAUGAUUGGGAUAAAAAAUUUAUUGAGAAUUUUGAAGCCAAUUUAUUUGGAAUUGAUCCAGCAGAAGAUUUUUCUAGUGAAGAUAUAAACCUUUUUAGUGAACUCCUAACCAGUCCGUUAAAAUCAGGACUCAGUCCAGUUCGUUUAUAUGACACCAAAAAUAGUCCAGGAAAAUAUUCUAGGAGCCCAAUGAAACUGUUUUUCAGCCCACCUAAAUCCUUAAGUUCACGCAAAAACAUACUAGGAGUUGGAAGUUCUGGCCUUAGUGACUUUAAUAGCCCUUGUAAUACAAUAAAUAAAAAUGAGCACAUAACUCUUACUGGCUUGUCUGAUCCAAAUUUGAAUUUGAUAAGUACAUCAGGAUUUCAGGAAACCCCAAAACAGAGUUGUAUUUUAGAUCAAUCUUUACUCUCACAUAAUUAUGCCAAGCCAUCUAAAUCAUGUCAUGUAAGUGGGCCCAAAUCACACCAGACAUAUCAAAAAACCAAAGGAAUUCAGCAAGCUGCUCCGACAGUCAAGAGUGAGCCAAUAACAGAGAUUGAAAACUGUACUUCACCAGAGUUACUGCCGUCAAAACAAAAAUUACAAUAUGUGCGUGCGAAAUUUAAACAGACAUUACAAAAAGCUGUAGAAAACGCACAUAAUGCGGCAGUAAAUGAGGAAAAGUAUCCACAGCUAACUAAAAGACUUUCUAAUUCUAACUCCAUGUCCACCACAUUAAAAGAAAAUCUUCCUACAACUGUCAACUCACAAGAUACAUGUACCACUUCUAGUCAACAAUUGGCAGAGGGAUCAAAGAAAGGAGAGUCAUUUAAACAAAGAUUUCGGGAGUUGGCACCAGCUCCUUCCUCUAAAAGAACAUUUGCUUGUAUUGUAAACAACCAGUAUGAGGUUCAACAACAAUCUGACUGCCAAAUUGUAAUUAAAAAGAGGAAAUCCUGA